AUGGCGAGCACGGAUAUCCGAGUAGGGCGUCAUAAGACAACCUCCAUUAAUAACAACGGUGGUAAGACGGUACCCCGCAGCGUCCUGAUAGUGACCGUCCUGAGCCGCGAGGCAGCGGUUGUGGGAAUAAAGCCUUCAUUUCCGAGUAGGAAGGGUAAAAGGGCAAGGGGUAUCAGCGAAGUACCCAGCGGAUACCUUCGAAAAUCUGUUCGAUUAGAUGAAAGCUACCAGGUUUGGUCUGAAAAGAUAGCGACGGAUGUCAUAGGCUACUGCGUUGCGAGAGUCUGGAUAGAUUGCCUCUCAUCUCCGCAGGUCUCGUAUCAGCCGCAGGCGCGCACGUUGUACACACAGAUGAAAGCUAGCCCGAUGGAACGCAUUGCGAAUUGGAUAGAAGCGUACGGGGACGUCCAGUUGAAGUCGCCCUCGGAUCCGCCUUCGCCCGUGGAUGAGUGGCUUGGCCCAGACGGCACCGAGGACGACUAUGAAUACGACGACCCCUCCAUCCCGCCCAGGAUACUUCUGAGGUACAGGGAUGGAAGGCCCGACGUGGUCGUGGAUCCUUUAGAGGACCCAGAAAGCCCAUAUUACCACCGCUCGUACUCGAGGUCGACUUCGUCGUCCGACCAUGGCCACCACGGUCCACGUCCAGUCCGCGUCUCGGCGCCGAACCGCAACAUAUACGCGUCUCCCAUGCCCGCACAGCCGGAGCAAAUCCAAAUCCUACCUGCACGCUCGAAUUCAAGUUCCUCCGUCCCGCACCACUUUCCCGCACCACCUUCUCAAGCUCCGUCCCUGGCGCACUCUCACUCGCAACCGGUGCCAUUCCAUCAUUCCUCCCGCCAUCCUGCCCACCCGGCGCAUCGUCACCCUCAUCAUGUUCCACACGGGCAUCCGUCGCAAUACGCCGCUCCACAACCACACUACCCACCGGCUCACCCCGCGCCAGGGAUGGGCCACUCGCACUCCGCACCACUGCCCCUGCCGCCGCCGCACCGCACGGACUCGCGCACGGCGUACACAAUCCCGUACUGGGGUCCGUCGCAGGCACCGGCCGAGCGCGGGCGAUCCCGCACGCACCAUGCCAUCCGCGAAGAAGACGAAGGUCAAUACGGGGACGGAAGAAGCAGGAGCGUGCCGCGCUCGUCGAGCCACCAGCGAUCGCGAAGCCGCCCCGGGCAUCACUCGGACGCGGAGAGCUGGUACCACGGCCAGGAGAGGAACCGGACGGUCAGCUUUGGCUCGGCGCAGACUUACUAUCCGAACGGGGCGAGCACUGUGCAUCUCCCACCGUCGCCACGUUCGGGGCACACCUCGCUCUCUCCGACUUCGACGAAGCACUCGCACCAUUCGUACGGCUCGCACCAUUCACAGCAGCACCACCACCACCACCAUGCGUAUCCGGAAAAGAAGGGGUUCUUCCACCGCAUAUUCGAUGUCUUCGACCAUCACGAUCGGGAAUAUGAGGGGAUGAACCCGGAGGAGUACCAUCGGAGACUGGUUAAACGACACCCUCCGACCGUGCACGAUUAA